CUCUGUGCGUCAUGACGUCAUCCCAGAGCCUCUGAGCCGCCCCAGCGUGAAGCCUUCAGAAUAAAACGCCUGUUUGUCUGAUUAUCGUAGUUUCUGUGGUUCUGCAGAACUUUCCCAGGUUCUGGUUCCGCUGGGCUCCUGCAGGUUCUCCUGGUUCUGCAGAACUUUCAGGGCUUUCUGGGUCCAGGUCCAGUUGGGGAGCAGCAGGUGAGGUCCAGCAGGAUGUCCACCACAUCCCAGAAGCAUCGGGAUUUUGUGGCAGAACCAAUGGGAGACAAACCGGUGACGGCGCUGUCGGGAAUCGGAGAGACUCUGGGGAAGAAGCUGGAGGAUCAGGGCUUUGACAAGGCCUCUGUGGUUCUGGGUCAGUUCCUGCUGCUGAAGAAGGACACAGAGAUGUUCACUGAUUGGCUGAAAGAUGCCAGCGGCGCCAACUCUCGGCAGGCUGGAUCCUGUGCUCAGUGCCUGAAGGAGUGGUGUGAUGCCUUCCUGUAAGGCCCGCCCCCUGUCCAUGAAGCCCUGCCGCUUCAUCACCCACUCUAAGUGCCUUAAGGUGUGGGACUCCACCCCUCUAAACGAGCC